UUUCUCUGAUGCUACAAUGUUUCCAUAUCUCGUGUUGGUUCCGCUAGUUUGCUGCAACAGCUCUGUGUUGCAGCAUUCAAAUAGCUCUUCUGGUAUUUUUGCAAAUGUAUCCAACAUGUCUGUGGAUUGGGUAGGAUAUGGGUACGCAGCCCUUGUCGCAUCCGGGGGAGUCAUGGGUUACGUGAAAGCAGGCAGUGUCCCCUCCCUGGCUGCCGGUCUUCUCUUCGGGAGCAUGGCGGGUUUUGGCGCCUACCAGAUCUCCAAUGACCCCAAUAAUGUUUGGGUGUCCCUCGGUACAUCAAGCGCCUUGGCUGCCGUCAUGGGAAAAAGAUUCUACGGAUCAAGGAAGUUCAUGCCAGCUGGCUUGAUGGCUGGAGCAAGUCUUCUGAUGGUGGGGAAGCUUGGUUUGGCAUUGCUCCAGAAACCCCAGGAGUCAUGAUGAAGUGAAGAUAUCAACAAAUGAAAAAUUGUAGUUUCCCUAUUCUCUCAUGUAGAUUUCAUCUUCUAUUUCAGGAGUGUCCUGUCAAGCAUUUGUCCUUUACUGUUGAACAUCAUUUUGUAAAAAAAAGAAGUGUAUAUUUGAGGAUGAAAUAUAGUACCAUGUUUAUAUAAUACAAA